UCCUGAAGAGUGGUUUCAUAUUUUUCUGUUAAAAAGAGGGACAAAAUCAACCACAACGCUGGAAACGAGACGGAGAGCCAAGAUGAGGGAGGGUGCGGUGACGUGGCGACCGCAGCCCUGGCAGGACGGAGAUGGAGGAGGAGGAGAGCCUCUGUCUGACUCUGACUCAGAGGAGGAAGACUUCCCCGACGACAGCACCACUCCACUGGGGGACUACAUCACUCAUGGUCUGAAGCAGCUCCUGGACGCUCAGCAGCUCUGUGACGUCACUCUGCUGGUCGAGGGGAAGAAGUUCAACUGCCACAGAGUGCUUUUAGCCGCAGUAAGUCCGUACUUUCGUGCCAUGUUCACGAGCCCCCUGGUGGAGUCGCGUCUCACCGAGAUCCGACUGGAGGACGUGACGCCGGCGGUGAUGGAUACUGUGAUCCGAUUCGUUUACUCCGGGGAGGCGGGGCUUUCUCUGGACACGGCCGAGGAUCUGUUUGUGGCGGCGAACAGGCUCCAGGUCAUGCCCCUGCAGGACCUCUGCUCCAGGUUCCUGUUCGAGCACUUGUCGGUGGAGAAUUGUCUGGGCAUGUAUUCUCUCGCUCGCUCGCACCACGACCAGCUCCUGCUCCGCGCCUCCCUGCGAUUGGUCGCUCAGCACUUCCCCCGAGUUUCCCGCCAAAAAGACUUCCUCCUAUUGGACCACGGCACGCUGGGGUCCCUGCUGGGCUCGGACCGCCUCGGGGUGCACUCGGAGGCGGAGGUGUACGACGCGGCGCGGCGGUGGGCGGAGCAUCUGCCUCUGGAGAGAUACGCCCACAUGCCCAGUUUACUGCAGCACCUGCGUCCCGGGCUCCUGUCCAACGAGGAGAGCCGGCGCCUGAGCCAGGAGCUGGGACCCGCGGCGGCCGGCGAGGGGCCGGGCGGACCGCUACGACCGCGAGAGGGCAUGUUCGAGAAGAAGAUCGUCUGCAUCGACCUAACGCCGCGAGAGGACGAUAACCAGCGGGACUUUACCGUGGACUGUUUCGACCCGAGGACGGGGAAGUGGGAGAAGCUGGCUCCACUGGGGGCGCUGGUGAGCCCGGGCUGCACGGCGGUGGGCGACAGGCUGUUUGUGGCGGGGGGCAUCCUCAGGACCUGCUCCGUGUCUCAGAGCGUGCACGAGUACGACGCCGUUCUGGACCGAUGGGUGGAGCGCGCGCCCAUGUCGCAGCCGCGCGCUAUGCUAGGUCUGUUAGCAUGUGGAAAGUCCCUGUUCGCUUUAGGGGGGAGUAACCGCUCGGCUCUGCUGGACUCCAGUGAGGUCCUGGACCUUUCGACGAUGACGUGGACCAACGGCCCUCGCCUCCCCCUGCCCCUGAGAGGCUUCGCCUGCGCCGCCCUCCGCUCACGACUCUAUUUACUUGGAGGAACCACUUUAGAACAGAACAGAGCCGUGGUGCACUCCGGCGUGCUAAUCUACCACACGCUAACCCGCUGCUGGACCAAAGUGGCUCUGGACUCCGGAGCGACGUGCCUAGCGGGGGGCGUGGCGGUCAGGGGCGGAGUCUGUGCGAUCGGCGGAUACAUGAGGGACACGACCAAGUUUUUAGACGGGAACUUCACGAAUCUGGAGACUUUGGACGCGACGGGACGAGUGCUGUUUUUCCGGGAAGGGCGAGGAACGGAGCGCGAGGUGGUGGUCACGAACGAGCGGGAGAGGGGGGGAGGGGGCAGCGACAGAGCGCCCAGUCCCGUCGUGUUUCCAGGGUUACCGCGGCGGAUAGCGGCCGGGGGCGUGGCCAGGUGGAAGAGGCGUGUCUACGUUUUGGGCGGAGAGAACGGAUCGCGGUUUUAUGAUAGUAUUUACUGCUGGAAGCCCGGGUGGAGGAGCUGGGUGCAGAGGAGGGAGAAGCUGCCGGGGGACACCGGGGGGGUCAGUCAGUUCGGGUGCACGACGCUCAAGUUCCCCAAGAAACACAUCCUGAGCAGACUGAGAGCCGCCAAAGAAAACUGCAAAAAGAAUCUAUGAAAACGUUUACAUCGGAUCAGCUGUGCACCAGGGUCUGUGAGAGAGGCUAACCACUCUGCCACUGUGGACCCACGUCACAAUACUGAAAAACUAGAUUUACAAACCGCAAUGAUAAUAAAGAAAAUAUAUAGAGUCUGUAUGAGAGGCUAACCACUCUGCCACCACAAACCCGGGUCUAAUAUUCCCCUGCCUGUUUCUUACCGGGUGCAGUUGAACGCCUCUCCCUCCCGCCACCGCGCGUCCACGCUCACUUCCUUUUUGAAACGCGGCGCUAGCGUGUUAGUUAUGUCCAUUUCUGUCCACAGUGUAUGGUAG